AUGAUAUUUAUUUCUUCAAUUAAAUCAUCACCACAAUUAGAUGAUAUUCUUAUUGAAAAUUAUCCAUCAUUAAAUUCUGCUCAUACAUCAUCACCUACAAUACAUCGAUUCAAUUUUAUUUCACUUAUAUGUCAACGACAAGAACAAUAUCCAAUAAAAUUAACGAGAAAAUUAUGUUCAAACUAUUUUCAACCAUACAAAAUACAAGGAGACGAUCAAGAACAACAACAACAACAACAACACCAACAACGAAAUAAACGAGUCGGAUGGACAAUUAGCGUUUAA